AUGCAUAACGAGGGCCACGAGGCUAUCGUUAUGGGUCCUGAUACGGGCUUGAAGGAGUAUCUAGGCCAUCCAGUGGUCGGCACGUUUGGAAUCCCGAUUAUCGUGUAUCCCGGUCUAAAGCUCAACUUUGCUCGACUGCGUUUCAUCCGUCGUCUGCAGCAGUUCCGUCCAGAUGUGGUGCAUUUUGUUGAUCCCAUUUGGCUCGGUGCACAGAUGAUCCCGCUAUGCAAGCUCUACCUGCCUAAUGUGCCGCGUGUUUCAUCUUAUCAUACCAAUCUUCCCACUUACGCAUCACUGUUUGGAUGCGGCUUUCUGGAACCUGGCAUGUGGAACUUGAUUCGCAUGCUUCAUAACCAAUGUGAUAUGGUGUUAUGCCCCAGUGAAAGCACUCGUCGAAUGUUGCGGAUGCGUGGGUUUGAGAACGUCGAGAUUUGGGGGCGUGGUGUUGAUAUUGACAUCUUUACGCCUACAGCUCGUGAUGAGAAUUUGCGCGAGAGCUGGGGCUGCAAGCCCAAGUCACAGGCACUCCUUAAUGCGCUCCAUGACCAGGCCAUUUCGUCUCUGGAGCGCAAUAAGGGACUGUCGCCUGAGGAUGCCUUUAUUCGCACCCCAGAUACAAUUCCUAUGUCGGAGUUUAGCCCGCCGCCAGCAUACGAGAGUGUGUGCGAUGUGCCGCCGCUACCUGGCACGGCCUUUGCACUUCCACCCGCGUUGCUGGAGGAACCCGUCAGCCAGCCUGUGCCUACGGCAUCGAGUGCUGUGGACAGUGACAGCAAGGCAGUGGUGCUGUUCGUGGGCCGUAUCAGCUGGGAAAAGAACAUUCGUCUCCUAGUGGAAGCGUUCCACUUGCUGCCUCAGAGCGUCAAAAACAAUGCCAAGCUAGUGAUUGUGGGUGAUGGUCCUGCCCGAGCGGAGCUCACGCGCCUGUGCCAAAAGUAUGGCUUAGAUGCCUCUUUUAUGGGCCAUCAAAAGGGCAAGCGACUUGCAUCCAUGUACGCCAGCAGCAGUAUUUUUGCCUUCCCAUCCUUUACUGAGACGUUCGGUCAGGUGGUUCUGGAAGCUUUGGCUUCAGGUCUGCCAGUCGUUGGUCUUCAUGCGGAAGGCACCUCCGAUCUCGUUUGCCAUGGCACAACCGGCUUGCUCCUCGAUACACACCGCGCUGUGAGCGGGGGCAACGUUCAACCAGCCCCUGUUUUGGAUUCCUCAGUAAUGGCACCACAGCGUCAAAACUCGCUGAGGGAACGCCUUGGUGAGUCGGUUGUGCAAGGCGAACAGAUGUCGCUCUCGAGCUCUAGUGAGCGUGCUGUUCCUGUGGCUGCCUCCGGCAAUCUGAAGCCGGGCCUUCCUUCUCCGAUGCCGUCUGUGAAAGAAUUUGCAUCAAUUAUGAGCCCUAGCACGCGCUCAUUCCAACAGUGUGCGCAAGCUUACAGUAUCCUGUUGGAGCGCCUCAUUCGCGACCGCACGCUGCGGGCGACAAUGGGCCAACGCGCUCAGGAAUACGCCUCGAAUAAGACGUGGUGGGAUGCUAUGGAAGCACCCGUGCGGGGCUACGAACAAGUGAUUACCAAGGCGGGUCAGACGAACCUCACCGACGCAGAAUUGGAGGCGUUGCGGAAUGCGCAGCGCCGGAUUGCACCUCUCUCUGGGCCAUACAUCACAGGGCUAGUUGUGUUGUAUCUUGCUCUUUUUAUUGUUCUGUGGACAUAUCUCCUGUAG